CAGCCGCACUGUGGGAAAGUAACUGCAGGCGGGGCCAUCUAGGAUGCUCACAGUGUCGGAGCAUAUCCCAUUUGAUCAGGGAUAAGCCCGCGCGCGAAGGUUCUUUGCUGCUUACAAGGGGAUUUAUUUGUUUAUUUUUUAUUUUAUUUUUGGGAGUAUUCUUUGUGGAUCAUUGCUCUGCAGGCUGCAACUUCAACAUUUUCUGUAAGUCUCUUAACACUGCGGGCAGACAACGGGUCACGACAAAGUCACUUAUGAGGCGGAAAGAGGGGCAACGACUCCUGGGAGAGCUCCCUCUGGAUAACCUUGUGGCGGAGCCUAAUCUAUUGAGGGCCACCGGGAGGUUAUCAUUCCAUCGGAGGUGUUGAAAGAGCUGCAAAUGGCAGAACUCAGCUGUCGGGACAGCCAUGCAUUUAGAUCUGGAAGCGACGAGACGCAAUAGUGGGCCACUAAGGCGACGAGCAAGCACGCGGCUGUCUUCAUGAAGGAAUCGAUCUCCAAAGCUUUCCCGUUGUCAUUGCUUUGUCAUUGGCUAACCAAGGGGUGGUUUCCAGGGUAAGACGCGGUUGGAUAUUUUCCUUUAAACGGGUGAUUGAAAGAAGGGGGCGCGGGGAGCUCGUGUGGAGAGUAAAUGACCGCGAACGCAGCGGUGCGCCGAUUUAGCGGCGUUUUCUCAGCUCAUAAACUGCGUCCCAGUGGAUCUCGAGCGGACGCUGGGUUUCUGCGGGCUGCCACCGGCACCGCACCUCGUUUAUUUCAAUACGACUGAACCGCGUCACGUGGCCCGACAACCUCAAAAGUCAGCCGGGUACAGGGAAGAGCGAGACACCGAAAAUUACACGCACACACCAAAAAAAGUGGACACCGACUAUUGUUAUGUCUAAAGAAUGGUUCUGACCAAGAGUGGGAUUAUUUCGCGCAUUUUUGCCUGAGAGGGAUUCUGCGCUUGGUUUGACAAGAGUGGAGAUAACUGGACAAAUAACCCCUACCACCAGCGAGGACGCGAGGGAGACGCAAAGGUUGGGUUCCCUCCCCGUAGGCUGCCCAUCCUAACCUACAGUACCCAUCUGACUACAGAUGUUCUUCAUGUUGACCCGAAUUAAAGCACAACACACUUCAUAGACUCCCCGUUUUUCAUGCGGAUGAUCAUGGAACGGCUGUGGUUGUCUUUGCUGUUGCUGGCAGCAGCGUGCAAGGGACAACAGUGUCCGAAACGUUGUAUGUGCCAGAGUCUGUCGCCAUCGCUCGCUAUCCUGUGCUCGAAAACAGGCUUGCUAUUUGUUCCUCUUGCUAUCGAUCGACGUACCGUGGAGCUUCGGCUUCAAGAGAACUUCAUCACAGCUGUCAGAAGGAAAGACUUUGCCAACAUGACCAGCCUGUUACACUUGACGCUGUCCAGAAAUACCAUCAGUCAGAUCCUUCCUUCAGCUUUCAGUGACCUGCGGCGAUUAAGAGCGCUCCAUUUAGACUCAAAUAGGUUAACUGUUAUUAAGGACGAUCAUUUCAACGGCCUCACCAACCUUCGCCAUCUAAUUUUGGCCAAUAACCAGCUUCACUCCAUAUCUCCCCAUGCUUUUGAUGACUUCCUGUCCACACUAGAGGAUUUGGACCUCAGCUACAAUAACCUUGCACAAGUUCCUUGGGACACAAUUGGACGCCUAACAAAUGUCAAUACCUUAAAUAUGGAUCAUAACCUCAUUGACAAUGUUCCCCAAGGAGUUUUCACCAAUCUACACAAACUUGCCAGGCUGGACAUGACAUCCAACAAACUGAAAAAAAUUCCUCCUGACCCUCUGUUCCUGAGAAUCCCAGUCUAUGCAAAAUCCAAAGGCAGCCCCUUGUCAUCCUUAGUUUUGAGUUUUGGUGGAAACCCUCUCCAUUGCAAUUGUGAACUUCUGUGGUUGAGGAGGCUGACCCGAGAGGAUGACUUGGAGACGUGCGCUUCGCCCCCAGACCUGAGUGCCAAAUACUUCUGGACAAUAUCUGAAGAGGAAUUUAUUUGUGAUCCGCCAGUGUUAACUCGCAAGUCACCUCAGACUGUGACUAUGGAGGGCCAGCCAGCCAGUCUCAAAUGUAAAGCAAAUGGGGAUCCAGAACCAGACGUCCACUGGAUCAGUCCCGAAGGGCGACUUAUCUCGAAUGGCACAAGAACAUUGGUUUUCCCAAAUGGAAGCUUGGAGAUCAACGUCACCUCUCUGAAGGAUGCAGGGAACUUCACCUGCAUUGCCUCUAACGCGGCGGGCGAAUCAACAGGACGAGUGGAACUGCUCGUUACACCAAUGCCCCAUCUGGCAAACAGCACAAGCCGUAGCAGAGACCCAUCGGAGACCAGAGAGCCCGCUCCUUCUGACAUUCUAACCUCAUCAAAAGUCUUAAUGCCAAACAAUGAGACCCGAGCAGGAGAUCGCAGGGUUUCCUUGGUGGAGCUGACAGGAAACUCUGCCCUCAUUAGAUGGAGUAGUCAAACAACUAUGUCAGGCAUCAGGAUGUUCCAGGUCCA